CACUUAAUAUUACUUGUUUAGAGAUUGACUACUUCUCUUCUCCUAUUGUUGUUGUUGAGGCCAUUUCCUCUCCUUCUUAGGACCAUCUUUCCGCAGUAAAAAAUGGGAGAUAGGCUGCGCUUGGCAGUUGGAGUGAUGGGCAAUGCAGCUUCUUUGUUACUUUUCACUGCACCUAUAUUAACUUUUACAAGGGUGGUAAGGAAGAGAAGCAUCGAGAAGUUUUCAUGUGUUCCUUACGUCUGUACACUAUUAAACUGUCUCCUUUACACUUGGUAUGGAUUGCCAGUCGUAAGCUACAAAUGGGAGAACUUCCCUGUCGCCACCAUCAAUAGUUUAGGCAUUCUCCUUGAGUCUUCUUUCAUCAUCAUAUAUUUUCUAUUCGCUGAAACUAGAGGAAAGAUAAAAGUGGGUGUUACUAUGCUACCAGUUAUCCUAGUUUUCUCCAUAACGGCAGCUAUCUCGUCUUUUGCAUUGCAUGAUCACCAUACUCGCAAGGUAUUCACCGGGAGUGUUGGUCUGGUGGGCUCUGUGGGAAUGUAUGCUUCCCCAUUAGUGGCUAUGAAACUAGUAAUACAAACAAGGAGUGUGGAAUUCAUGCCGUUCUAUUUAUCAUUUUUCUCAUUCCUCUCAAGUUCACUUUGGCUGGCAUAUGGACUGCUAGGCCGUGAUCUCUUUAUAGCGUCCCCUAAUUUCCUGGGCGCCCCGUUAGGCAUCCUCCAGCUUUUACUAUACUGCAAGUAUAGAAAAAGGGGUGUCAUGGAAGAACCACAAAAAUGGGAUUUAGAAAAGAAUGAAGAAAUAUCCAAGCAGUUGCAACUGGUGGUUAAUGAAGAUACCAAUGGAAAGAGUUGAAAGAACUAGCAGCAGAUAAUGGCACUCCUUUUCAGUAUGGAGCGGAAACUAUAAUUCAAUGAAGCUCAUAGGAAGGCAGUAAGAGCAGCAGAAGUUCUGUAGUGAAGAUAUUUGUAGUGCCAUGAAUUUAAUGAUGUAUGAAGCAUGCUAAUGAAGUAAUGUCCUGUAUUGAAUAAAAUAUCAACAUAAGGGUGGAAAGGAAUCUCUCCUAUUGAGUA